AUGUCUCAUGGCAAAGAUACUCCUCAUGCAGGCAGAAUGAUAUCUACCUUUCCUUUCCUCCAACGUUUUGAGGCUGCAUUUUAUCCAUCAAAAGCUAGGCUGAAAGAGGACUUUCUUCUUCUAUAUCUCUGUGUAUAUACUGUAUACCUGUCCCUUCUCUUACUUCCCGCUCCUGUUACUCUUCUACGUCGGUCCCCCAAAAAAUCAUGCCUCUUUUCUGGAGCUCAAGACGAAAUGGAAGCAGCGAUAUCCCCUUCGCUUGGUACUGGAAAGGCAAACCACUACGAAAAGGCCGUGAUAUGGGCGAUAUAA